UCUCCACAUCCUUCUUCACCUUUUUAUCCCGUACUGGUUCUCUGAGAGGCUUCAUCCUGGCCGGCACUAUUCCAGCCAAGGGGGAAGAGGACUUCCUGACGCUGGCCGCCUCCCGGCUCAGCCGCAGGAAACGCGUCAUUGGAGCUGCUGUAGGUGUGGCCAUGGUUCUUAUACUGUUGGUGGCCAUUCCCCUGCUGGUCCACACGACCAAAGGGGGCAACAGUGGAAAUGCAGGGAGCCGUUAUGAAAUGCUUGGAAGCUGCAGGAUGGUAUGUGACCCCUAUGCUACGUCUCAGCCGGGCCAGGAGCUGACAGCUGUGUCCCCACCCCCCCAGGAUUACUCUGGGAAGAAGCUAAAGUCUGGGAUUCGCGGGCCUCCUGGCCCUCAAGGAGCACGUGGGCCCCCUGGAGAGCCAGGCAAACCUGGCCCACAGGGGCCCCCAGGUCCGGGCCCUGGUGGCUAUUCUCCAUCACUCUACACUCCCAAAAUCGCCUUUUACGCAGGGCUACGCAAGCAACACGAGGGGAGUGAAAUACUGAAGUUUGAUGACGUGGUGACCAAUGUGGGUAACUACUACGAGCCCAGCACCGGCAAGUUCACCUGCCCUCUGCCUGGCAUCUACUUCUUCACCUACCAUGUUCUAAUGAGAGGUGGUGAUGGGACCAGCAUGUGGGCAGAUCUGAAGAAGAACGGACUGGUGAGAGCCAGCGCCAUCGCUCAGGACGCUGAUCAGAAUUACGACUACGCCUCAAACAGUGUGAUCCUGCAUUUGGACGUGGGUGAUGAGGUGUGUGUGCAGCUGGACGGAGGCAAGGUCCACGGCGGGAACACAAACAAGUACAGCACCUUCUCCGGCUUCCUCAUCUACCCAGACUGAAUCUAAUCCCUACUCACAGAGAAUGGACAGCAACUCACAGACACAUUCACACUUACACAGAUAUGUAUGCAAAUUAAUGCACAUACACAGACAUGCAAAUACACACACAAAUGCAAGCACACACAAAGACAUCCUUAAAUAACAACAGACAACAGAAGUGUGGAUCGGGUCAUAAUCAGAGAUAAGUGGAAUUAAGUCGAGUGAUGUGAUUUUGAGCCAAUCAUCAUGAGAAACUGAGUUUACUGGCACUCUUUGUGCAAAUAUGAAUAUCAGAAGAUGUACAGUAUAAGUGCACAUAACAAUUGCACAUUGUGGCUCUGAAAUAUCUAAAAUACGUCAAUGUGUUCCAUAUUAUCCAACAUUGUGAGAACUAGAAUAUACAAACACCAUGAGUCUAAUUGUUUUUUGAUGCAAUAAUGGUGUUACAGUUUUUCUCAGUAGCUUUGGUACAUUUCUUGAAUCGUCCAAUCCCAGCAUUUGAAAAACAGUAAUUGCAUUUCUUGAAACAGUUUGGACAAAUAGUACCACAUAUGAUAACCUGCAAAUGCUUGUAACUUGCCCUAAUUUCAAAAGUAAAUGUUUAUGUCAAUGAACAUACCAGUGCUAUCAGAAUGACAAGUCACUGUGUCAUUAUUUACAAACAAGCUAUUUAAAAAAUCUUAUGUGUCUCAAUUUGGAUUCUUUUGUUAGUAUGCACAGUGCAUAGUGCAUAGUGUGUAAAUUUCAACACGCAUAAUACUCGAUAGACACGAUACACAACCUGUCAAGAAUAAAUCACAUUGUCACAAUCAUUUCAUAGAAAGAGGUAAAAAAAUAUUUUAUUCCAACUUUAUGAGCAACUGUAUAUUAGAUCUAAAAAUAUAUGAUUAUUUUAGCAAUCUAUGUCGACUGGAAAGGACAAGUUGCUUGCUAAAAGUUAGCUUUCUGAAUUAUCCACAUUCUACUAAAACACGAUUUUCAUAAUGUCAAAAUGCUUUAGCUUAACUUGCAGGAAUGUAGUUAGCCUGAAACUGACUUUGGAUAUGAUUUAGCGACACAAUGCACUACAUAUGAAAGUUAACAUUAAAUAUACUGAGUUUAAGGAUCCUACAGUUUCCCCCAUUGUAACUGCUGAUGUUUCAAGUCUGUAUACAUCUGUAUCAUGGAUUGUAUAAAUACUGUUGGUAGUGCAUCUCACCAACAGAGCAGCUUUUGGACAUUUUCUGUUUUUUGCUAGCAGACAGGUUCCUUCUUCCAAUACAAAGUCAAUGUAGAGAGAUGGAUUGUUUUCAGCUCCGAUGGGGGCGGGGCUUAAAUGUGCUCUGUACGGCUGUUAAGCACUUACCUGUAGAUCAGUCGGUGAUAAUCAGCUGGCGGAUAUCAAAGUGGCAUAUCGGCGGAAAUUAAAUUAAGACGGUUAAAAUAACCAAUUAAUGGCUUUAAUCCGACUACAGUACAGUAGCUUCCUGUCCCGCCAUUUUCACAGGUUUGAAUCGGUUGAUUUUUUUUUUUUUGCCGCCCCUUCCGCUACAUGGCAAAGAUGGCGACCGAGGAUGGUGAGAAGUGUCCAGCGUUCAUACUGUAUUGAUUUGACAUAUG